AACGAAAGCUAGAACACGAGCAUGCGCGUGCGCGCUCGCGCGAAGAAAGUUGAUCGAGGUCGUCGAUCAAUCCGGUUGACACAUUUGGGCCCUAACAUUUGUCUUCUCUAACUUGCGGUCCGAAACGUUAGCAUGCCCGUGAUCAAAUAUGCUUCAGUAGACGGUGCGAUCGGGUCGAGGGAGAUAAUCCGAUCGAGUGAAUAACUGGUGAGAACUGGCGCGAAAAAUGGAUCCUUUUCGUUGGCUUUCGAUCGUGGCACUGUUGGCGUUCUGUGGUUCGGUGUGCAUGAGUGAUAGUAGUGUUUACUCGAAUUCAACCGCAACACUGGCGCGCCGAAAAAGGACCCUUAUUUUCCAUCCCAUCUCGCGAGGAUUCUUUCGUGUAAAUAUUAAGGAUGCAAUCGCCGAUAACACCACGAUCUGGGCGCACGGUAUCGGGUUUCGUAUGAACAUUGAGUUUUACAACCCGCCCGGGCUGAAGAUCACUCGCCGGGAUGUGCAUCAGUCGCUCGAAAGCAUGAUCAUGUCCCACGGGUUCGAUGGGCGUGCCUGCAUCCUGCGCACCUUCUGCGAGGUCUCGAAGGCCAUGACACCGAAGAGCGGCAUCCUGUUCAAGCUGUUCAAGCUCAUCUUCCGAUCGAAUGCGCCCGGCUCUGAUGACAGUUCCUCCAUCGGUUCUUCAAACAGUUUGCCGGAGGGUGACGACGAGUACUUCCCUUACCUGACCGCGGACGAUUGUAGCGAGCUCGAUCGGCACUGUCCCAUCUCGCAGCUCGAUAUGGAGGGUAUGGCGGAACCGGCGGCCACCGAGGCGGUCAGUGAGUCCGUUCGCUCGGGUUAUUACUGAAAUCGGUCGGUGGUGGG